AUGCCAGCAGGCUCAAUUACAGACCUCCAACAGAAACUGUUCAAGCGCAUAGGCGUCGACUUACACACACAGAAACAAUCUGGAGGAGCGGCAAUCCAUCGACAUUAUGGCUCACCUCACUCCCUCACACGCAAGGAAAAUCGCAGACUUCAAAGGACGCAGAGGAAAUCUCAGAGGCACUCUAACCAUCCCUCGAGGCCCAUGAUGAAAAGAAAAGAGGGUAAUUCUGCAUCUUGUCACAGGAAAACCUUGUCUCCAGUACCUCGCAUUUUGGCAUCCCAGUUCUCAGACGUGGACCAGGUCGAUGAUAUGCUAUCAGAUGCUGGCAAGGGUAGCGAUUUGGAAUACAGCACUGAAGAAGUGGAGAACUGGGAGGACUCGUCCGGUGAAAUUUCAGCAGAUACAACUCCCAAUACGACAAAACGACGAGGCUUAUCAAAGAUACACCUGGAGAAGUUAGCCCAAGAUGAUGCUGAAAUUGAAGAUUUCGAGAGGAAGCUUGGUAUCAAAAAGGGUCGUCGAUCUCUACCGCAAGCAUUCAAGGAAGAUGGCUUGGAGGAACUAAUUGGCGAGCCGGGCGAGGAUAUUGCCAGCAGUGAAGAUGAUAUGAAGAAACGAAAAUCUGUCUACGAUGACUGGUUGUCUUCAAAGAGGAGAAAGACGGUGUCCAGACCUGUUUCACAACCCCUUUCAGACUCUCUUUCUAGGGUGAGGUCUGCUCCGACUCGGGAUAUGACUGAAAGCGUUUCACCGGGUUCAUCUGUUAUAGACGAGGACGACACCACCGGUGGACAUGAUUCCGACCAAAGAGCAUUUGAAAAUUACAAACAACCGCAAAGAGAGAAUCCUUACAUCGCACCUACCGGAGGGUCAGUGACUGCAAAGUAUGUUCCAUUGUCACGACGCUAUGAAAGUACAGAAUCAGAGAAGCUUGCCCAGCCUCGGCUACAACGACAAGUUCGUGGCCUGAUCAAUCGGUUGACGGACACCAACCUUAUAUCGAUUGUGCAGUCUGUCGAAGAGUUAUACCAAUCAAAUGCCCGCGCGGAAGUCACCGAUAUUCUCACUGAUGCUAUUUUGGCACAAUUGCGCAAACAAGAGAGUCUGUCUGACCAAUUCUUCGUCUUGAUCGGCGGAUUUUCCGCCGCAGUUUACAAAAUUACGGGUUCCAGCUUUGGAUCACAUCUCGUGCGAAAUAUAGUGAAGGAGUUUGGUGAAUACUAUGGUCAAGCCGCAGACCAUGAUAGCAGUCAGCAAGCGUUAAAAAAGGAACCCUCCAAUUUCCUGACUUUUCUUACGCAGCUGUACGUCUUUGAAGUCGUCAGUUGCAAAAUUGUAUUCGACUAUAUGGAAAAACUGUUAGACAACCUCUCCGAGCUGAACGUUGAACUGCUACUCAGGGUCUGUCGAAUGGCUGGAAAGCUAUUACGAAGAGAUGAUCCUCAAGCGCUUAAGCAUGUUUCAAACGUUUUAAGCUCUUCUGUUAACAGCGUUGGAUAUACGAAUAUCUCAGUACGCACAAAGUUCAUGAUUGAAACAAUCCAGGGCCUGAAGAAUAACAAGCCGAGUGCUAAAGGAACAGACUCUACCAUCGUGUCCGAGCACGUUCUUCGGAUGAAAAAGCGCCUCGGUGAGCUCAAGUCACAGUCAAGACGGCUGGAUGGUCUAGCACCAAUGGGUAUUGGCCUUAAAGAUACUGAAAGCGUGGACAAGCAUGGGAAAUGGUGGCUAGUUGGUGCCAGUGUUCCGACCUACCGUGAUGCGGAAGAAAGAGCGAGAAUGAUCUCCAAGACAGUGAGCCGUGACCUUGAAGAUGCAGCGGACGAUGAGGACAUGGAUUUUGUUCUGCCAGAUUAUCCAAGCAAGGCGAAGGCGCAAGGUCUCCAUACGGGUACCCAGAUUGCCAUAUUUACGGCCAUUAUGUCGGGGCUUAACUACGAACAUGGUCAUCGCCAAUUUGUGGGUUUGAAAUUGAAAAAGGAUGAUCAGCUUGAAAUAACUAGAGUUUUGGUCCAAUGUGUCGGAAGCGAACCAGAUUACAAUGAAUAUUAUGCCUUGGUGGGGGGACAAGCUUGCUUGAACAGCCGGAUCAGAUUCGCAUUUCAAGAUCGUCUUUGGAAAAUAUUUCGAAGCUUGGGCGAAUCCCUGUUCGGCGAAGGUUCAGAGGAAGCUGAGGAGACUACGGAAGGGGAAAGACUCAAAAACGAACGCCGGCUGGGCAAUAUUGCUCAAUUUUACGCAUCACUUGUGGCUAACGGUGCCCUCAGCAUCAGCAUCCUCAAACCCAUUGACCUCCCAGAACUGAAUGUAUGGGCCUCGUUAUUUGUGGAGUUGUUUCUUCUAAGUCUCUUACGGCAAUGCAGAGGGAAAGAGACCAAUGAAGAUCUGAAGGUGAAACGUAUCUUCGGCCCUGCCAGCGAGCUACCUGCUCUGGCAGCCAAUCUGCACUGGUUUUUGAGGAAAAAAGUCCGCAAGUCCAAGCAUAUAGAGAACAAGCAGACCAAGGCGAUGCAACGGGUGAGACAAAAGGCACAAGCCGCUAUCCAAGGAUCAGACGGGGAUAGGCAAUAG